GUGUUUUUUCAAGCAUAAAGCUAUUUACACGAUACAUAUAACAUAAUCAAGCAUUUUUUUUAAUUCGUCUGUCUGGCUUUCUGUUUGUCUGGACCAAACUCUGAAACGGCUUAACCGAUUUUAAUAGAACUUUUACUGGAAGAUAGAGGAGGCUAUGGAGCAAGAUAUUGUAAACUUUUUGUCCGGAAAAAAAAUAUACAGAGUGCUCGGGAGUAUUUCCCAUAAUUUCAAGUUGUUGACGAGUCCACUUACGGAGCCCAACUGCAUUUAUUAUUAUUAUUUACAUCAACGCUCUUAACGCAAGCAAGUGGAACGGGAAAAACUGUGGUCGUGAGCGUGAUUAGAAUCCAGAAACGUAUCCUGUAACUACUGAACUAAAAUACUGGUAUCCUAAGCUUUACUAGCCUGGUUAAAAAUAAAAUAUGUCCAUGGACAAACGUCAAAGUCAAUGUCAAAUUUAAAAUUUUAACCGUUUGACUUUGGCCUCAGGGAAGGGGAAGGGAAGUGAUAAUUUGUUUUGAAUUUUGGUUUUAAAGUUGCUCUGUUGUUUAACAUAAUAAAUAAGUGAAUGUUUUGUAUUGUAUAAAUAAUACUAGUAUGAGUGGUUUGUGGAAGUGAAUAAGUUAAUAUUAGACAAAAUGGAUGAUACGCAAGCUUCUAACAAAUCAACAACCGACGCGGGAGCAAAGAGGAAGCGCAGGUCGUCUAUACUGAAGAGCCAGCGACCGCCGCGCACGCCGCUGUCUGAGCUGGAGUUCAAUGUGGCCACGCCCACCGACACUGCAAAGAGCAGACGCGUCAGCUUCUCAAGACGGACUGGCGUUGCGGAAUUUGUAACAAAUGAAGCCACAACAACCUGGAAAAACUUUUACGAAGAGCACAACAAGUCUUUAGAAACAUCAGGAAACGAGUCUGUUGCCAACGCCCCUCGUCAGAUGUCAAUCGGCCAUAUUGGGAAGAGAAUAUUCGACCAACAAUUUGAGGAAGUCGAGAUUGUUGAUAUUGGAGGCACUCUACAACCUAAGACACUUGCACAAGACUUUCAUUCAUCACUCAACAAUUUAAACAUAACCCAACAGCUAGCAAUGCUCGAAUGUCCAAGUGAAGAUAGAAAACUAACAGCCCCCCACCAGAAUUUUGAACUAAGUGCAUUCACGGAUCAUCAGAGUAAAGUUUUUGGUGAUGACCUCAGCAUUCCUGUUAUGCCUGAAAUGUCUAACCCUAUUAGCAUUAAUUUUUCUUUGCAAACUGGAAAUCUUAAAGACAAUUGCGAUGAUCUAGACGAAAUAGUAAAAGAUUUGGAGAGGUCGCAAGUGGCUAAUGUCGUUUGUUCAGGUCCAGGCCCAUUUAAUAGCGACAAUAUGUCCGAAUAUAUUGAAGUAGAUUUAAAUAUGACCCAUGUUGCAAUUAAAAAUGACGUUUGCGAAAUGUCUAUUACAGACACGAUUCAUAAUCCCGAGGUUCAAGAAGUAUCUAAAAGCAUUUCCUCUGUUCAUAGUGAAAGGAAAGUUAAUAACGAAAACGAUUGGAUGGUGGACAAAGAAAAUAUUGCAAUCAAUCCUUACACAAUGCCUAAAGAGUCUAAACAUUUUAACAUAAAUGAAUCUUCUGAUAAAAUAUUAGUUUUCGAUGGCAAGAAAUUGACAGUUAAGUCAGAAAGAGAAACUAUCUUUGAAAAAGAUUCGGAUAAUAAAGACAAUUUUAGAAAAACUCUGUUACCUGAUCUUCCCACAGGUGCUACACCAAAACGGAAAACAAUUGUAUUGAAUACAAAUGAUGACUUACCAAAUUUCCUGUCGGAUAAUUUGUCAAAAUCAAUUCAAGGCGUUGACAAUUUUAAAGAUGUGCCAACACAAACAACAAACAACAUGCUUAAACAAAGUGUUAUAUAUGAUGAAUGCGAUUUGUCAAUAACUCAACCAUUGAGCAAUGCUGUUGAGGUGCCCAAGAGAAAAACAAUUGUAUUUCAAGAUGACAUGGGUAAUAUCUCCAUUACACAAGCUGUCCCAGCUACUGUUAUAAUCAAUAAGAAAGAAAGGAGGAAAACUAUUAUAUAUGAAAGUGACAAUGCAAAUAUAUCUGUUACUCAAGUGGUACCUACAAAUAUUAUGGUUGCUCACGAUACGACUGUUGAAAAGAAAAAAACUGUUGUAUAUGAAGAAGAUAUUUCGUUCACGCAAGCUUUACCAUCUAAUUUGAUUUUAAACAAUGAUAGUAAUACAAACAAGACAAUGUAUUACCAAGAUGACAAUGACAUAUCUGUCACUCAAGUUAUACCACAGAACAUAUUAGAUGUAAUGAAAAAUAAAAAAAACAGUAAUAUUAGUAACAUUUCUAUUACACAAGCAAUUCCAUCUGAAAUAUUGGUUGGAAAUGUCAAGCUAACAGAUUCAUUAGCAACUCACAAAUAUGGUGCAAACGAAGAUGAAGAAAUCGAAAUAACACAAGCUGUUACUGAUAAUAUUUUACUGUCUGAUAAAAGUAGAUCUGAAAAACGAAGGACUAUGGUUUUCGAAGACGUCUCUGGUGAUAUUUCAGUUACUCAGGCAGUUCCUGCUAAUGUUAUAUUUGACACAUUUAAUACAAAGUGUGACACCAAAGCUAAAUCUUUAGAAAGUGAUGAAAAUAUCGCUUUAACUAAAUCUACUGUAAAUUCUGUUAUAAUUAAAACUGAUAUUCCUACGAAUAAUAAUCAAGAUGGUGAUAUCGAGAAUACGUCAAAUAAAAGCAGGACCAUUGUUUACAACCAGGGCUCGGAAGAGAUAAAUACAGAUAAAAGUAGAUCUGAAAAACGAAGGACUAUAGUUUUCGAAGACGACGCUGGUGAUAUAUCAGUUACUCAGGCGGUUCCUGCUAAUGUUGUAUUUAACACAUUUGGUACAAAACUUGACACUAAAAUUAAAUCUUUAGAAAAUGAUGAAAAUAUUGCGUUAAAUAAAUCAACUAAAAAUUGUGAUAUCGAAAAUACAUCAACUAGAAGGAGAACUAUUAUUUACAACGAAGACGCAGAUAAUUUAUCAAUGACACAUAUUAUGUCUUCCAACAUAAUUGUGACUAAACCAUCUGAAAUUGAAAAAAUGCAUAUAUCGAGUGACCACGAUAUGACAGAUAUUUCUAUGACACGUCCGUUGCCUACAAAUAUAUUCGUACAAAAUGUAGUUAAAGAAGAAUUAUCUAAUUUAUCUUUAGGUGCCGUUAAUAAUUCUUCUAAACUAUCUGAUUUGAACAAAAAUGAAAACAAAGAUGUAACGAAUCAGUUAAUUGAUGAGAAUAAGUCAAAACGACAGUCUGAACUUCGUCAAAGUAUUGGAGGUAAUUUGUCGAUGACUAAACCAAUAGCAGGUGUCAUUCUUGAUAUUCAUAAGGAAAUAACUGUUAACGACAGUGAAAUAUGUGCAGAGAAAAGUUUUCACGUGACAACGGCAGAUUUAAUCAAAAAUAAUUUGUCUAUUAAACAAGAUAUUCUUAUAUACCAAGCUGCAGAGCACAGCAUUACUCAAUCUGAAAUUGAUAGUAAUGUCCAAUUUGUGCCUUCAAAUAGUGAGAGCGGAGUGAAAGUAUCGAAGAAAUCAUUAGUAAGUAACGAAGAUUCGAUUAAAAAUGACUCAUAUGUCAAAGCAUCUACACAUUAUUCUAACAGCAAUGAUAUAAAUGAGAAUAAUAUUAUAGAAAAUCAGAGCCUAAUUAAUGAAUUUGUUAGUAAAGAUAACUGUGUAAAGAAACAAAAUAUAAACAGUAAUAGUGAUAAAAAUGUAAACUCGAAGAAGUCCUUUUUGAACGAGUUAUUGGAUAUGUCAAAUGCUUCAUUGGAGAAUGUUAGAAAAUCAUUUGUUUCCAAUAUUGAACCUCAGAUGAUUGUAGAGCAGUUAACAAUUGAUAAUAUAAGGUCAAACAAUGAAGAGAAAUCUAGUGAAAGCAUAUUUGUCAUUACAAAGGAUAGUGAAGAUUGCGUAAAUGAUAAUGCAAUAAAAAAUGAACACAGCAAUAUUCCAGAAAAAUUAGAAACAAGUGAACCAAAGCAAAUAGUUACGGAACCUGUAAAGACUAUUGAGUGUACUGAAGAUACAGAAGAUGCUCAAGAUUUACAGAGUAAAAUUACAGAAUUAAAAGCUUAUAACGAACAAAACUCAAUUCCAAAUAAUCGACAUUACGAAAGAGUUAUUAGCGCAGAUGUAUCUAACGAUGGAGAAAGUUUAAAUGAGUUUGAAAUGAAAGAACAAAUAACAAGAAACAAUAUACUGUCUAAAUCUAUUAGGAACGCGGACAAUACCAGGGACUUGUUGGGAAUGCUUUCAGAUUUCACGGAAGAGGCGAAUGAUGAAGUAGAAAAAGAUGAAUCUACGACCGAUUUCACGGAAGAGGCGAAUGAUGAAGUAGAAAAAGAUGAAUUUACGACCGAUGCAAAAGAUAAUUUAGCAAUCGAAAACAAAAUUGAACAUUGUGAACCUCGCUUAAGUUUAAUUCCUAAAAGACGGUCUAUAGUUUUGAGUAGAGAAGAUCUGUUACACAAUCUUUCUAUGGCCCAAGCUGUGUUACAGCAAUCUAGAUUUGAAAUCGAUGACGAUGAAAGCUUAGAAGAAACCCAAGAUUCGCUAGAAGAAACCCAAGAUUCACCAGAAAAAAUCUUAGAGGAAGAAAAAUCUCAUAGAAAAUCCGUCCGAAUAAGUGACGAUAUUGUAAAAACCUUACAGUUUGAAGAAGACGAGUCAAUUGUAAGUGACGCUACACAGAAAUUUUAUGCAAAUGUAUCGCCAUUGAAGAAAACUGCUUUCGGUGAAACUUCUUACAUGAGGGAAGAUAAAGCGAGAGUAAUCCCUACGUAUCUCAAAGAUGUUUCAGACAAUAUAAAAGCUCUCAUGACCGAUCUAGUGAAACCGACUGCUGACGUCAUGCCCUUUGAAUCUUCCAACGCUAAAUCAUGUGCAUCUACUUGCAGUACGGAAAUGCAAGCCAAUUUAAUCACGUCGAGCCAAAUAGAUGUCGAUAUCGAACUACAUUCCAAUACAGAGUCAAUUGAAAACAUUCAAAAUGUUAGAACGAGACAAUCGCCUGUCAGAGUCAUGAUAGAGAAACCUGCGUCACCCAACAAAGGGAACAAAGUAUUGUCACGAUCUAUCCAAUCGGAAUCGAUUUCCUUGUCUAUGGACAUUGAUCACACACCUAUCUUACAAACGUGUAUGAAACAUCCGAUACCAAAAUCAAAUGUCAAAGAUACGACAAUAGUAUUCGAUCACGACAAUCCUCUGAACAACGUUCUCUUGGCACCAAUCGACAAUGUGAAUGUACACAAAUACAAUCCGAUCAAAUCAACAGAAACAAUGCACUCGGAACACGACAUUUUCACACAGAUGUCACACGAAGAACGUAAAAUCGAUAAAGUCGUUGAAAUAGAAAGAUUUUCUACGCAUUACAAAGUUGACAACGCAUUACGCCAUUCGACAUUGCAAUCAGGGGAUAAUGUUCGUCAAAAUGCGAAUGAAUCUAAAUGUCUGAUUUCGAAUAUCAGCAAAACUUUCUCUGUAGAUUGUUCGACUGAUAAAUUGUCAGAAGUAAGAAGCACGGAAGUCAACACAUUAAUUGCUAUGAAAGCGAACAAAGAGUUAUUAGAAGCUAGCUCUUCUCUCACUUUAGUAGACGACACAGUUACUAGAAGCGAGUUCGAUAUCGAAAUUCAUAAUAAAACUUCCGAAGAGGUGUACAAGAAUACAUCACCAGUCAAAGUGAUAUACAAAAUGGAAACCGACGAGGAUGUAUUGCAAGAAAUCGAUUCGGACGCAUUAACUAAUUUUGAAACUGAUGAUGAUAGUAAAUCUAAUUAUAGAAAAAGCCUUUACAGUCCUUCGAAACAAAAUGAAAGUACUGGAUCUGAUGACGCAUUGAAACUUAACACUAAGUGUAAAGAUAAAACUAAUAAUGGAAAACAGAAUAGCCCUACAAAACGAAAUAACACAACAGAUGGUGCUUUUGAUACUGACAGCGAUAAAUCUAUUACAAGAAAAAGAAGUUACAGUCCAAGAAAAGUAAACGAAGAUACAGAUAUCAUUCAAAUAGAUGUAACCCCAAAACCUGUUAAUAAAAUGCAGAAAAUAUCCAAUAGUCCACGAGUGCAGAUGAUAAACGAUCCACUAGAUACAUUACUGAAUUGUGUCGACAAUAUGGAUUCACUGCCUAAUAUGGACAUUGAUAGCCCGAGUUGUCAAACUAAAGCAAAAUCUCAUAAAAAAUCGCCUAGAUCCGUUAAAGUUGUUCAACAUGUCAGUACAGAAUAUGAUAAAGAAACUCACAAGAAUAAGACAUUAGAAGAUAUAAACUCUGUCGACAGUGUAGAAAGUAUGGACACAUUGAAUACAUUUGCCAGCAGUAACAGAGGGAAUGUGAACAAAGUGCCUUUAUGUGAAAAAUCUAGCAACCCGUCGAGCGACUCGUCGAUCUACUGGCAGACUGAUGACUCUAGUUCUCACAACUUGGAAUGCAGUUCUAGUUUCAAUGUCGUUGAUAAAAUCAACGUGCUGAAGUUUAUGGGUCGCGAUUGUGAAUGGGAGUCGGCUUGCAGCGACGUGUGGAUGUUCCGCUUGCUGCGCUCGCGCAUUCGUAUAACAGUGCGACUGUCGCACCGGCAUCACAACGCGUCGCGGUCGCGCGUGCUGGCCGACACGCCGCUCGAGUCUGUUACCGUGGAGCCCAUACCGCCAGAAGUGUCGGACCCGCUGGCGGCGCUGUGCGUGCGGCUGUCGGCGCAGGCGAUGUGCGCGGAGUGCGAGGGCGCGGGCAGUGCUGCACGCGUGCCGGGGGUGCUGCGCCGCUGCGCGCGCGUCAGUCGCGUCGCGCUGCGCUGGGCGCGGGCCAUGCGCGACACGCGCGCGCGCCUCGCCUACAACGUGGACGCGGACGGACAGCUCACACUCAAGGUGGCGAACGUGCCGCUGCGCGCGGUGUGGGAGGUGCGGCUGCGGUUGGCGCUGGCGCACGCGUGCGCGGGCGCGUACGUGCGCGCGGAGGACGUGCGCGCGCGGGACGUGCUCGCGGGGCCCGCGUGCGCGCCGGAGCCCGCCGUGGCGCGCUUCGCGGCGAGCAUGCCGCAGGACUGGCGGCACGCGCCCGCCACUAUAUGGUCUGUGUUUAGAUACUUGAAGAAUAAAACGGUGGAUGAUGAUUGUUUGGGUUUGUAAUAAAAUAUAACUAAAUUUUUAUUGA